GAGAUUGUGUCCUGACUUGUUGGGGAGGAAGAGACCGGCUUUGCGGGACAAAGCCCCGUCUGCAGCCAGAGGGAGGGAGAGAGGGAGAAAGGAAGGAAAGAAGGAGAGAGAGAGAUCAGCAACAUCGGGAGGACAGAAAAAGCUCAAUGCAAAGAAAAUGAUCAUCAGCAUCAGUGAAGAAAACGACAGGAACCCAGAGAACAUGGCAGCGGGGGAAUAUUUAAACCGCUGUCAGAGGAUCUCCAGACAGGAACGAGCAGGCAGGGUCCCUAGACCAUGUACCAAUGGACAAAAUCCAUUGAUACCAGAGCAUGAGAUCAACAAGAUGGGUGCAGACAAUGAGCGGACUCACCUGUUGUUUGUGAAAGCGCUGGGCAGCAGGAGCUGUCUGGACGGAGUUGUACAACUCAUGGGAUGCCACCCUCAGUACCUGGAAUCAUUCCUGAAAACCCAACACUACUUGCUGCAUAUGGACGGACCUCUCCCCUUCCACUACCGACACUACAUCGCCAUCAUGGCGGCAGCCCGACACCAGUCCUCCUAUUUGGUUGAAGUUCACAUUAAUCAGUUUUUGCAGGUGGGCGGUGACCCACAGUGGUUGCAGGGGCUUGACUGUAUCCCUCAGAGACUGAGGAACCUCAAUGAGAUCAACAAGAUCCUGGCACACAGGCCCUGGCUCAUCACCAAGCAACACAUUGAGAACUUGCUGAAAACUGGAGAGCAUUGUUGGUCACUGGCAGAGCUGGUACAUGGUGUAGUGCUGCUGGCUCAUUAUCACUCGCUGGCGAGUUUUGUAUUUGGCUGUGGAAUAAGUGCUGAGGGAGGACAUGAGGGUGGCCACGUCUUAAGGCCAUCAUCGAUUAACAACCAGGGAGACACAACGAAUGGAAAUGGUAACAUCCCGGACCCCUCACUGGCACAUCGCAGGCGAAGGUCAGUGGAUUAUUCCAGUGAUUCCGAAUAUUUGGCAGAUAGGAUUCAUAAAUUUCAAGCUGAGAAAGAGAAUGAAGAAGAGAUGCUGAGGGACGAAAUAUGGAUUGGGCUAGAGACAGAAAAAGACACAAGUCCACCAACCAGAGCUCUGGAAGAUAAACCUGUCACAAUGCCUGACUUGUCCUGUUAUGUCGAAGAUCCUGAGUUUGGUUACCCUGAGUUCGCCAGAAGAAGUGGAGAGCAGCUGCCUGUUUUUCGGGCUCAGGACUAUUCCUGGGAAGACCAUGGGUUCUCACUCGUGAACCGGCUGUAUUCAGACAUUGGCCACCUUCUGGAUGAAAAGUUCCGCACUGUGUACAGCCUGAAGAAUGGCAACAUGGCCAAACAGCGCGGCUGUGAUUUCUCAGCACUUAAAAGGGGCAUUUGGAACUACAUCCACUGCAUGUUUGGCAUUAGGUACGAUGAUUAUGAUUACGGUGAGGUGAAUCUUUUCUUGGAAAGGAAUCUGAAGGUUUACUUGAAGACUGUGACUUGUUACCCAGAAAAAACAAAGCCUCAGAUGUUUGAGAGAUACUGGAGGCAGUUUAAAUAUUCAGAAAAGGUUCGUGUGAAUCUGUUGAUUCUGGAAGCUCGGAUGCAGGCAGAGCUUCUCUAUGCACUGCAUGCAAUAACCCACUAUAUGAUCUCUUAAGAAGAUCAUAAGGAAGGAUCUCCUCACCUGCAGAGGACUUUUUUUUUUAAAAAUAAAGACUGAACAUAAGCUUAAAGACUUGAACGUCUUCUUGGAUGGAGGCAUCGUAGGGCAGCUGGUACCGUGCCGCAGUGUCUGCGGCAGUUAAUGUGCAAUUAUUGACAGUGACACAAUCGAGCAUUGUGACUGUGUGUACAGAGAGUGAUGUAAUUUCACAAAAGUGUUUCAUGCCUCAACACCAAGUAUUCACUUGAGGAUUUUCAACCUCUCAAAGUUUUCAGAAGUCAAAAGGCUGUCACAUCAGUGGUUUGCGUAACUACCAUCAACGUACAGAAUAUUUUCAAGCCUUGAUGUUGGGACAGAUGAGCCCCCUUUUUUUUGGAAAAGAAAGACUUAUUUUUGCUAUGAAUAGUAAUAACAGAUACUAUGUUUGACACGUGUUGAGUCUGUUUCAUAUUGGAAUGGCGUUUCCAAAUCCUUGCCAUAUUACUUUUGGUUUUAUGACUUAUCCAAAGCCUUGUGCGUGUGUGUGUGGGUGGGGAGGGGGGAGGUUAAUUGUGCCAAUGAGCUGUGAAUUUCGUAAGAAUUGGGUGACUGAAUAGGCGAGGAGAGGAAGGACAGUGAGCCAAAAAGACUCAACAUUUCUUGAGCUUGCCCAAGAAAGGCACAAAUGAAUCAUGUGAAUUUUCUUCCCUAUCCUAGUGAGUGGUUACAGAAGGAUGCACUGUUGUAAUGCAGUGUGCCAACUAAGCAUGGUUGACUUACCUAAUCCUACUGAUCGUUCAGUGACAGGAUCCUCAAUAUGUUGGCCAAUGAUUGGAGACAAAAGUGCAUCUGUUAUGGGUCUCAGACAGGUCUCAAAAGUUGGCAUGAGCAUGGAAGCUGUUGGGUUGGUCACCCGAACUUAACUGGAGUUGGAUCACUGUUGAAAUGUAUUUUAUUUAAUUAUUUUUAACAUGUUAGCCAGUAACAGUGUUACAUUUGCAGGAAGGAGAACAAAAUGAGAAAACAAAGUGUAUAUCACUUGUAAUUGGCUUGUACAAUUCCAACUGUAGCUGGUGCUCACUCUGCAUGUAAUGUGGUCCUUGCCACUACAAGCGACAGCAGGAAAACCAUUAUUUUCCAUUUACUGUCAGAUGGAGAAACAUGAGAUAUGCUGGUACCUUGUCGGAGUAGUCGCUGUGUCAAACUACAAUUUGAUGUUAGGCUUCAGAUGAAGUCUGGUUUCUCUGCUUGUUAUCAUGCAACCAAACACACCCCUCCCCAAUUUAAAAAAAAAAGAAAAAAAUUGUUGACGCUGGUCUAUCAUUAGGUAUAACCAGUUUAAAAAUACUAAAAUAACACUUUCUUUCUUCCUUUUUAGCGCUAUAAAUGUGACUGUGUAAAAAAAAAUGAGGAAUAUAUUGUAAAUGGACACCAUUUUGGAACAAAUGGUCCUGUGGCAGAUGAUGAUGUUUGGAACAAGAUUGUCCUGUUAUGAUCACGAUCUAGAUCAUCACCUUCAUCGUGAUUAGAAACUUUUUACAUGGUGUGUUCUAAUUGUGCAAUAUGUUUACGUGGGGACUAUGGUUUAGCGAUUGACUCUCGUUCCAAAAUGGAGUGACAUUCAGUCAUCGAUCUCACAAGCCUCAUGUGCUUUUCUGUUCUUUUCAAAGGAUUUUCUUAGGAAUCCAAGAAUAAAGAAAAGCUCUGAGCAAUUGCAACAUAUCUGUCGCUGCUGUUGUUGUCUUUGAUGUAACCUGAGAGUUUCAAAGCUCUACAGUAGCAUUUUAUUUGCACCAAAAUAAAAAGAAACUUUUUUUAA